CGGAUUUUUUUGCCAUCCCAAGCUCAAAUCUGAUCCAGAGCGAGUGGGCGGGGUUGAGCGGGGUACACAACUAAUGAACUCCUGCAAGGCUACAACACAAGGCAUUCGUUGCACGAGGUACCGUUGAGCGCGUACGAGUAGGAUUAACACCUGAUUUGAGUGGUAGAGUUUAUCCUUUUCAUCAACCUCCAUUUUUUUUUAAGCUAACUUUAAACAAAUAUUAUUUUUUCCAACAAACAAGCGGGAGAGUGGAGAAGGAAACGAAAAAAGGAGAAAGGCGCGAUUCCAAUACGCUUCACUCUCUGUUUCGUUAACUUACGCUUCUGCUAAUUUCUCCAUUUUCUUUCACUUUUUUUUUCAUUCACUAAAACAUCGGAAAUGAGAGGAAUCUGUGCUCUCUUCUUCAUUUGUGAUCUCAUUGUAUUCAUCACUUCCGUCGCCGUCAUUGACGCCCGGUCAGCGGUGGAGAUCAAUGUCACCGCCGUUCUGGCCAAUAUCUCGGACCCGAGAUCCAGAGAGGAUAGUUUUGUCGGCAUGAUCGAUCGUGCUCUUGAGAAGGAAUUCAAUGACACCGACCAAAAUGAAGCUACUGAUCCUGAUAGUUUCAACAAUAGUGUCGCGGGGAAGCAGGCUGUCUUGGAAACUGUUGCUAGAGUCAAGACCAAGAAAAAUGAGACCAAGGAAGAGAAGUCAUUUCAGCUCCAUGACGUUUUCCAUUUGGAUGAUGAAAAUCGAGCUGAUGAUGCACCAACGUUGAUAGAUCGAAAUGACAAUGUCUUUAUAAUAUCCAACCCAAAGUCGAAGUAUCCUGUUCUACAACUAGACUUAAGAUUAAUAUUGGAUCUGAUAAUUGUCAUCGUCUCUGCUACAUGCGGUGGCAUUGCUUUUGCUUGUGCUGGACAACCGGUUAUUACUGGAUAUCUACUUGCAGGAUCUAUUAUUGGACCCGGUGGAUUUAGCUUUGUUGGUGAAAUGGUGCAAGUGGAAACAGUGGCUCAAUUUGGUGUAAUCUUUCUUCUUUUUGCUUUAGGCUUGGAGUUUUCAGCAACAAAGCUUCGUGUUGUUCGAGCAGUUGCUGUCCUUGGGGGUCUUCUUCAAAUUUUUCUAUUCAUGUGCUUGUGUGGUAUAACAGUCUCGUUAUGUGGGGGUAAAGCUUCAGAGGGGGUUUUUGUUGGUGCAUUCCUAUCUAUGUCUUCUACAGCUGUGGUUUUGAAAUUUUUGAUGGAAAGGAAUAGUAUAAGUGCCCUUCAUGGUCAAGUUACAAUUGGAACUCUUAUCCUGCAGGACUGUGCUGUGGGUUUGCUGUUUGCUUUACUUCCAGUUCUAGGUGGCAAUUCUGGAGUCCUUCAAGGAGUAUUAUCCAUGACUAAAUCGUUGGUGGUUUUAAUCACAUUUCUGACCAUUUUGACAAUAGUAUCUUGGACUUGUGUGCCAUGGUUUCUUAAGCUCAUGAUAAGCCUAUCAUCACAGACUAAUGAACUCUAUCAAUUGGCAUCCGUGGCAUUUUGCUUGCUUGUUGCUUGGUGUAGUGAUAAGCUGGGUCUAAGCCUUGAGCUGGGCUCCUUUGCUGCGGGAGUGAUGAUAUCAACCACUGAUCUCGGUCAACAUACACUUGAACAAGUUGAGCCCAUUCGCAAUUUCUUCGCUGCUCUUUUCCUUGCCAGUAUUGGGAUGUUGAUUAAUGUGCAUUUCCUUUGGAAUCACGUUGAUAUAUUGCUAGCAGCUGUUAUAUUGGUGAUUAUUAUUAAAACGAUGGUAGUUGCUGCAGUUGUCAAGGGGUUCAGAUACAGCAACAAAACCUCAAUUCUUGUUGGGAUGUCAUUGGCCCAAAUUGGGGAAUUUGCUUUCGUACUUCUAAGUCGUGCGUCUAAUCUUCAUCUCGUAGAGGGUAAACUUUACCUGCUACUUCUGGGCACAACAGCUCUUAGUUUGGUGACUACUCCAUUGCUUUUCAAACUGAUUCCAGCUGUUGUUCGUCUUGGUGUACUAUUACGGUGGUUCCCAGCUGAUAGUCCUGAGGACAGGUGCAUAAACGUGCAAAAAAGCAAGUCGAUUGAGCGAACAGAUUCUUUUCGAGUUGCUAAGCUGUUCAUACAAUAUGCGAAUCUAUACAAAUUUCUGACUAAUUUCUGACUAAGCAAAGACCGACCGGGGAACAGCUGGCAACGACGUAUGAACAGCGAUAUAAAAUACGAUUCUCCCUGUCCUCCGAUGCCGCAUUGCCAUUCUGAUAUUUGGUUAGAUGAGCUUUGUGUAAUAACCUCCAUUUAUAAGGUAAUUCAUUUCAAUCUUUUUCCCACUUUAAUUGAUUGGUUUAUUUGUUGCUUUUUUUCCCCCACAAAUUGCAUGUGAAAGUAAAAUAAAAUUUUGUUUCACAUAGUGAAAAUAUUGAGAAAGGUAUUUUGUAA